GAUCCUUCAGGUCCCGCUUCCGGUUUCGUCGCCCUGCGCUGGUUCACAGGGUGUGUGCAGCGGCGACACCUUUGUGGGCUGCGGGGCGUUCGUGGCCCCUUCUAGAAACCUCUCGUCAGCCGAGCUGGCGCGCGUGCUGCUGGGUAACGGGCCUGCUCGGGCGGCCCCGGGCCGCUCCUGCUCCGCUCGCCCGUGACCUCCAGGGCCCCCCGACGACAGGCCUGCGGGAGCCGCGGCCGAAGACAUGGGACUCCCUCGGUACACCUGCGGCGGCCACCUUGACGAGGGGAGCGGCGGUGUCUUCGAGGAAACCGGAAGCCCGUGGUGACCCCUGGCGACCCGGUUUGUUUUCAGUCGGUUUCCAAACACUGGGGAAGCGAAACCCGGUGGCCUUGGGGGCGGCCCUACGUAGCCAGGGUUCAGGGAUUUAACAUAGAAUCCCAGGCUUCUCUAUGCUAGAGAGAUGCUCCUCCGCUAGACUUCAGCAGCAGUCCAGUGACUGUGUUUGUCUAUUCUUGAUACUAAGUUGCUAAAGAUUAUUGGAAUCUGCCAUGGACACACUAGUAGAAGAUGACAUCUGCAUUCUGAAUCAUGAGAAAGCCCACAGAAGAGAGACGGUGACUCCACUCUCAGGGUAUUCAGGAGAUGAGUCUGUUGCUUCACAUUUUGCUCUUGUCACCGCAUAUGAAGACAUCAAGAAGAGACUUAAAGAUUCAGAGAAAGAAAACUCUUUCUUAAAGAAAAGAAUAAGGGCUUUGGAAGAAAAGCUUGCCGGAGCUCGAGCAGAUGAAGAAACAAGUUCUGUGGGACGAGAACAAGUGAAUAAGGCCUAUCAUGCAUAUCGAGAGGUUUGCAUCGAGAGAGACAGCUUGAAGAACAAAUUGGAGAAAAUAAAUAAAGACAACACUGAAUCUUUGAAAGUAUUGAAUGAACAGCUACAGUCUAAAGAAGUAGAGCUUCUGCAGCUAAGAACAGAGGUGGAAACUCAGCAGGUGAUGAGGAAUUUAAAUCCACCCUCAUCUAACUGGGAGGUAGAAAAGUUAAGCUGUGACUUGAAGAUCCAUGGUUUGGAACAAGAGCUGGAGCUCAUGAGGAAGGAAUGCAAUGAUCUCAAAGUAGAGCUGCAGAAAGCCAAACAGACGGGUCCAUCUCAGGAAGACAUUCUGCAGGACAGAGAUCGCAUCAGAGCAAGCUUGUCGAGGGAGGAGCACACUCCACACCAGGGCCUUCUCCACAGUGAUAACAUGCAGCACGCAUACUGGGAGCUGAAGAGGGAGAUGUCUAACCUACACCUGGUGACGCAGGUGCAAGCAGAACUACUCAGGAAACUGAAGACCUCAGCUGCAGUCAAGAAAGCCUGCACCCCAGCAGGAUGUGUUGAAGACCUUGGGAGAGACAGCACGAAAUUGCACUUGACAAAUUUUACUGCAACAUACAAAAGACAUCCCCCUUUGUCACCAAAUGGCAAAGCUGCUUGUUAUGCUCCAUGUCCUUUACCAGGAGAUAUAAAGGUUUUAUCAGAGAAAGCAGUUCUUCAGUCGUGGACAGAUAAUGAGAGACUGAUUCCUAAUGAUGGUACAGACUUUCAGGAGCACAGCUCCUAUGGCAGAAAUUCUCUGGAAGAUAAUUCUUGGGUAUUCCCAAGCCCUCCUAAAUCAAGUGAGACAGCAUUUGGCGAAAAUAAAAACAAAACCUUACCUUUACCCAACUUGCCACCACUGCAUUACUUGGAUCAACAUAAUCAGAACUGUCUUUACAAAAGUUAAUUUGAUGGGACUCUUGAUUUGAACAGGAGGACGCCAACUCCCACUGGUUUACCAAGAGGUUAUUUAGACUGGAAGUGGACUUUGAUUAAAACCUUGCAGUUCUCCAAUAUGUACAUUUGUACAUUCUGUACAACAUUAUAUAUAGUGGAUUUCCAGUAUGAAAACUUCCAGUUGUACCUUCAAUAACACUUAAAAGGUUUUGCUUCUUGGAUUAAGAAUGGAAAUGGAAAUUCUAGACAUGGUUUCAUAAAGUAUGUGACCUGCCUAAAUACCUACUCAUUAAAUAAAAAGCAGCCUUUAAUAUAAAAAAAAAAAAAAAACAUGUCUUCUGGUUCA